UUAAGAGCAGGAGAGCUCAAAGGCCUGCAGAAGAAAGGAAACUAACUGUUCUCGGCCUUCCUUAAUAAUCUCCAUGCGUUUGCUGCCUUUGGCAUGAAGCUUUUGCAGAACGAGAUGCUGGAGUUAAAUGGCCAAUGCAGAGAUGAUGGAGAUAUCACAACAGAUAGACAAACAGGAUGUUGGGUCGAGGAUCGUGGACAGUCUGAGAGGGAGGCUGCUAGCAGAGAGAGUGGCCACCAAGGCGGCCAAGGAGGAAGCUGAGAACCUGGCCAACAGGCUGGAGGAGUUAGAGAGGGAGCUGGCUGAGGAGAUCAGGUGCAGAAGAAGAGCUGAAAAGAGGCUGAAGCAUGCUCUGAAGAAGUUGGAGUCACUUAAGCUCGCGAAAGAGAGAAGCUGCUCUUCCUCACAAUGCUCGGCCACGGUGAAUUCGGGACAAUGUGGGCCAUCGGAAGAGGUGGAAGGGAUGGCAGGUGAUGAAGGGAGAUGCAGUCUGGUGGGGACUGUGCAGGACCAUGUUGAGGAUGAGCCCGAGUUCAGGUCUCAGGAAUCGUCUACUGAUGCUUCAAGGACAUCUUGUGGUGACAACAAGAAAGAGACAUCAGUGGACGAAGGUAGCAAGGAAGAGAGAAUGCUCGCUCUCAUUCGAGGAUGUAGACAACCGGAGUCAGAGGCGCCCAAAUUGCAGAACAAGGAGGAUGUGCAUCAUGUUCUUGCUGCUCUGAGAAAUGUUAAAGAGCUGCUACUCUUCUCUCUGGGGAGCAAAGCUAAUGUUUACUCUCCAGAACAGCUCUUGGCUGGUCAGAGAGACUCUUAUCAAUGACUUAUUCAAAUCUAUAUUGGUAUUAUGGUUUAUAUAUAUGUAUGUAUACAUGUUAUAGAUUUCCAAUAAAUUGCUCAAGAAUGAUGGAUCAGGUCUCGUUGUGAUAUGCCAAGUAUUUUUUAUCAUUGCCAUUC